UGACAUAAAACAAGAUGAUGCAGACAAAUAAAAAGGGAUGCAAAGAAUUGUUGAUGCAGAGGAUGUUCUUGGCUAUAAUCUCUAUCAUAGCAGUGCAAUUUUUUCUUGUAUCAUGCUUGUUUUUAAUCACAAAUCUGAAUACAAACUAUACAUCGUGGUUUCAAAACACAUGGACAACGAUAACCUCGUUUCGUAUGUGGAGUUAUUUCUGCGUUCUUGCUACCGUUACGUUCUUUCACGGGAUUAUUUGUAGUAAAAGUUAUUCGAACACUCCACCUUAUCUGAAAAGCAGAUUUGCAAAAUUUUGUAGAAUAUUCACACCCCAAAAUAUUUUAAUGGGUGUUCUACACAUUAUCAUCAGCGGCCUCCUUGUUUGGUUGCAUUUGUCAGUCCAAGGAGGGACAUACAAUUUUUUAACAACAGAAUGUACCAUAAUCUAUGGAGUAUGCCUAAUGGAAGAACAUUAUUUUCUGUUCUUAAGUGGAUUUUGGAGUGGAUUGUACUUUUUCUUAAAGAUUAGCAUCUUUCGUGUAAAUUACUUAAAAUUUCCUAUUAUAUCCAUGUCGAAGUUCUAUAGAUUUAAGACAGAAUUAUACACGCUGCUACCAUCGUUAAUGGUCAAGUGUGUGUGGCCAACUUUAUACUAUUUAAUUAUCUAUUACUUCCUGGGCUCUUACUUUCGUUCUGUGAUAUUGUUCUUGGCAUCCGCAGAAUUAGAAAAUGAACCAUUGAAUAGCAUUCCUAGAUUAAUAAAUCUCCCAUUGAUUUUCCAUUUGUGGUUAUACCAAUUGAUAUUUGUAUUGGCAAUCGAUAGCACAUAUUUAUUAUUCAAUCUGCAUUUGACAGAAUGGAUUCCGUUUGAGUUUAAACAAAGUAAUGUAUUUAGUAAUGAUAACUCUGAAGUAACGCUUCCAGAAGCAUUAUCCAUGGAUAAAAUACCAAUAAUGCGACACUUAGGCUACUUGGAUUUAGUCACGAUGGCACAAAAAGACAAGGCAAGAAGAAGCGUAUUAUUUUCACUGAGUCAACCUGGUGGUCAUCCUUACAAUUGGAAUUGCAUUGUAGAAACAUGCAUUGGACUUAUUAAGAAAUUUUCGGAUGAACUUAGUGCAGCAUGUGUUAAAUAUCCAGAAGAAAUACCAUCGUGUACUUUAAACACAGCUGUGUUAACAAAGAGUAGUUUAUAUCAAAAAGAAUAUGUAUACCAAAUGCGGAAUUUAGUAAAAGAGGAAACACCAACAUGUAUCCAACAAAGUGAUGUAAAAAAAGAUAUUGAUGAUGAACUUUUCAUUCAACAAUUCAUAAGAGUAAAGUGGAACAAUUUUCUUAAAUAUUUGCUUUCCAAACCACUUAUUUCUUACAUCUUUGGUGAAGUGGAAGGUGGCAAAGUGUGUCAUAUUUUAUUCAAUGGACAAUCAAUUGUUUGGGCUGCUGAAGCAAUUUCUUCCUUAUCUGUAUUAUCGAUAAGUGAAGAUUUCUAUGGAAUUGUACUGAAGGAUCUACCACUUAUAAUUAAUACCUUACUUGGUUUGAAACAAGCUCUUGAUAAAUUACAAAAGUUAAAUAUUAUUGUAAAAAAGCAAGAAGAAGAUGAUGAAUUUAUUAAACAAAUUCUUCGAUCUUUAUGUGGUACAACAAAGAGAAGUCUUUACAGGAUUGUUAUAAACUUUGAAGAAUAUAUUCAAGAUUUAGCACUAGAGCCUGGAACAAUGGAACAGUUACAUAAUUUCCUAGCUUACAGAGAAUGAUUUUUGUACCGUUUUGAAUAAUUUAUGAACCAUGAUGUAUAUACUGCCAUACUCCGAAAUAGUUAUAAAAUCUAUGAUACUCUACUCAUAGUCAAAAUUAUAUAUAUGUAUUAC